AUGCCUGGUCUGACCCCCAGUGGCACUAUUGUGCCACUUUCAGGACACUCUCCCAGUAAAGCAGUACCUGCCUUGGUGGCAGGUUCCAUGGUCCAACAGAGGAAAAAUGCCAGCUGCGGGAUGACCUCAGCAGGCACUAGGGGAAUGUGGCACUUCUACAUGGAAGAUUUGUCUGGCCUCAAAGUUGGCCCUGUUCCAGUACUGGUUAUGAGUCUUCUGUUCAUCAUUUCUGUAUUUAUGUUGUACAUUUGA